AUGUCUACCUUUUCUUUAAAUAAAAGUAUUUUUGAAGAUACUCAUACAGAUAAUAUUCAAUUACAAACUAAUCUUUCAAUUAAAAAUAAUUCAAAAAAAUCUAAGCUUACUACAGAAUAUAAUUUUAAAGAAAAAACUAUUUGUUUAAAUGCUUUUAAAACAAUUUAUAAAAUUGGUGAUACAAGACAGAAAAAUUUACAAAAACAUUUUAUUGAACAUAACAUUAAUUUAUAUAUUGAUUCAAAAACUGAAAAAGUUAAAAAUAGAGCAAUAUCUUUUAAAAAUGUUAUAAAAAUUAUUACUUUUAUAAAUAAUUAUGCUAAACAAAAUGGUCUACCAUCUCCAGCUAAUAUUACUUAUUCUUCUUUACAUAUUCAAUAUUUAGAAGCAAUUAAAACUAAUAAUCAAUUUGAAGUUGGAAUAACAACAUUUUGUUUAAUUUAA